UCAUGCUGCUGCCAGGUCCAGAGUGUGUCAUGGGUCCCUGUACGGCCUCCCAUUUGCUGCUGUCUCCAUCGCCACACUCUGCCAUGUGCCACUUUCAGGUCUCCUCACACUGCUGGUGGGUUCCAUUUUGUCAUAGGGUGCUGGCAGAUUACGGGCCUCCCAUUGCUGCUGCCAGGCCCGUAAUCUGUCAUGGGCCCCUGUACCGCCUCCUCAUGCUGCUGCCAGGUCCAGAGUGUCUCAUGGGUCCCUGUACGGCCUCCCAUUGCUGCUGUCUCCAUCGCCACACUCUGCCAUGUGCCACUUUCAGGUCUCCUCACACUGCUGGUGGGUUCCAUUUUGUC